GAAACAGUCAGCAGAUUAGUAUACAAGUGCAUUCACCAUGUCCAUCCCACUGGUCUGAGAUCAAUGGUCGCUGUUUCCACUAUUUUCCAGCAGCCUUGAGUUGGGCCAAAGCUGAGAAGUACUGUCAGUCCGUGGGUGGAAACCUUGCAUCGGUGCAUAACAUAGAGGAGUACCACGCCAUUCAGAGGCUGAUAUUGAAGACCAGUCAUGAGGAUACAAGCGCAUGGAUCGGAGGCUCAGAUGCAGAGGAGGAGCAUGUUUGGCUGUGGAGUGAUGGUUCCAGUUUCACCUACACCAACUGGCAUCCUGGACAGCCUGACAACAACUUCUUCAGGCAGCACUGUAUACGAAUUAACUUUGGAGGUCCAAAGGCGUGGGAUGACCUCUUGUGUACAGAUCAUCUCCCUUUUGUCUGUGCCAAGAAAAUGUGGCAAUCUCAUGCUUAAAAUGAAAUUUCCUUCAUUGUUUCUCAUCCUUGGAAAUCAAACACAAAAUUUGGGUAAUUUUCUGGUUCUACUUUACUUUUUGCCUUUUACGCAAAUGAUAAACUCUAACUUAACUCAACUAAAUCUUUAACUUUCAUUAAA